AUGCCUACCGGCGGAGACCCUCCAAGCAAUGCCCUUCCCUCGAACCUGCCGAGGUCAGAAUCUUCUCCCUACUACGGGAACAGUGUGAAGACACCGUCUCGCUCUUUUUAUCAUCGAUCUUUCCAUGGGUCUUUUGCGCAAUAUUCCUCUCAAGGCGUUCGAGAACAGACUGCCGAGCUCGCCUCCCUGGCCGUAUCAGAUGCCGAAACGGCCUUGACAGGCACGUCUCUCCCAGCACGGGCAAAUAACGGGCCCCCGGGACUGGAGGAUAUCUUUCAAUCGAACCAGCUAUACAAGGAAACUUCGACGGACAGUUCUCGGCCAGAUGUGAAAUCGGAGGCCUCACAAUCUGAAAUUCCUGCAGGCGGCCUGCCUUCCCGGCUCUCCAGCUCAGCGUUGACGGAGAUGAUGCGCAAUUCGCCUCCCAAUGGCGACGACUCGCGUGAAAACGGCGCAUCAGCGGAUGCUGGUUCUGGUGUCCCAGCUUUGGCAAUUGGUAGAGAAUCGGAGAGUCAGGACAAUGAGCAGACAUCCUUAAUUCGUGAACGGUCGCGGUCAAAGGAUCGUUACAGCUACGGAACACUUGGGGACAUUGAGAGUCAAAGGACCCAUGAUCAGAGGGCUACACGGAACGUCUUUUCAGUUGCAUGUUGCAAGCUACAGAAAGCCCGCAAUGUGUUACUCAACCCAAAGUCCUGGGACAGACGUGCGAUAUGGCGGCAAGGUGUGGUGCGUCCUGUUAGUCUACUUCCUGCCGUUUUCCUAGGCCUUCUCCUCAACGUCCUGGAUGCUUUAUCCUAUGGCAUGAUUCUCUUCCCUUUGGGCGAACCUAUGUUCCUCCCAUCUGGGCUCCGACGGUAUAUCGAU